UCAUAGGUCGAAGCAAUAACUCUUUCUCGUCUAGACAUAUGACUACAUCCUACGCUAAGGCACAUAACACAAUAUUACAAGGGUAGAUGCAAAUACCUGCAAAGAACAUGACGCUUACAAAGAAGCUGGACUACACUAAUUUGUUCCUCGAAGCAAACUCUACACAGAAUCUUUUCCUAAGUGACAGAUCCAUUCAAUUAAUAAGCAAGCAGUAUAGUAUAUAUUAGCCAAACAAUGCUUUGGGCUAGAGAGCUUAACAUGGGCUUUUGAACUUCAAAUUCAAAUUUCUUCAUCCGUUUCUGGCCCCAAUAAGCUCAGAACUGCAGCCGGACUCAUCAAAUCAAUGGAUUAAAGAAUCUGGUGACAUUGGAAUUAAUGGAUCUCAAUAGGAAUGAUUUCUAAAACCCUAGGUCUCUCAGACUAAGUUGCUAUUAAGGCCAUUUUCCCUCGCUCGGCACUGCCUUCCCCCUCGUAUCAGCUUCACCGGCCAUGGGUAUCGACUUGGUCGCCGGUGGCAAGAGCAAGAAGACGAAGAGAACUGCUCCCAAGUCCGAUGAUAUCUACCUCAAACUCAUCGUCAAGCUUUACCGAUUUCUGGUAAGAAGGACUGGCAGCAAAUUCAAUGCUGUGAUUUUGAAGCGUCUUUUUAUGAGCAAAGUGAACAAGCCUCCUCUCUCUCUAUCCAGAUUGAUUGAAUUCAUGAAGGGCAAGGAGGAUAAGAUUGCAGUGGUAGUUGGAACUGUCACCGAUGACAUUCGUGUAUAUGAAGUUCCCGCUCUGAAGGUUACUGCACUAAGGUUCACUGAGACAGCGAGGGCGAGAAUUGACAAGGCUGGUGGGGAAUGUUUAACAUUUGACCAACUUGCUCUUCGAGCACCUCUUGGACAGAACACGGUUCUCCUCCGAGGUCCAAAGAAUGCUCGUGAGGCUGUGAAGCACUUCGGACCUGCUCCUGGUGUGCCACACAGCCACACCAAGCCCUAUGUGCGGUCAAAAGGAAGGAAAUUUGAGAGGGCCAGAGGAAGAAGGAACAGCAAAGGCUUUAGGGUUUGAGAUUCCAAUUGCCCUGGAAAAAAAAAACUUACCAACCUAUCAUGAUAAUGGGAAUGCUCAGUUUUGUUUUUUGUGCUUUCCACCUUUCCUGUUCUUUUUCUUUUCCAUGAUUGUAAUUUGGAAUCUUUUAUAAUUUGUUUAAUGAAAAGGAUUUUAGUGAUUGAAGAA